AUGUCGCAUUUCCUACGAAAAUCCCUUUCCUCGUUUCUAUACAGACCAACGUUGUUUUGCUGUCGCCACUUCUCACAUUCCCAUCCCCACAACACCACUUCUCUGUUCUCUCCCACGUGGCUCUCAAGAAACAGUUACACAAACGGGCUAUCUCCCACGCGGGCCCGCUUCUGGGCCUCUCAGCCCGCCGUCACCGAACCCUCAACCUCCGACGGUCUCACCGUCGAAGGAAUUAUAUCCAAUAACUGGACCAUUCUCGAUGAAAACGACGGCGAUUGGAAGAGUCACGCAGCAGCUAUAGCUCAAUCUAUUACCUUGAUUAAACGCCGAUUACAGUGGAAGAAAUUGAAGGUUAGGUUGAAUAUGUUAUCAGUUCAGCUGAAUAAGGAAGAUCUUUGGGAUGAUCCUGUUCGUGCUGGUAAAAUUAACAGGGAACAUGGUUCGUUGCUUGGGAAAAUGAAAGAGGUGAAUGGAUUGGAGAGAGAGUUACUUGAGCAUAUUGAAAUGAUAAAGCUCGCUCGUGAAGAGAAUCAUGAGGAGUUGGAAUUGGAAUCAAUGAAAGCAUUGCUUAAUAUGAGAAGAAAUGCAAAAGAGAAAGAGAUAGAGGCAUUGUUGUCUGAGGAGCACGAUUCUUGUUCUUGCUACAUUGAGGUUCAGGCUGGGGCUGGGGGUACUGAGAGCAUGGAUUGGGCUUCAAUGAUCAUGCAGAUGUAUAAAUCAUGGGCCCAACAACGUGGAUAUAAAGUUACUGUAAUGGAAGAAAUGCCUGGUGAGGUUGCUGGAAUCAAGCGAGCUACAAUUAAAGUAGACGGUGAGUUUGCAUUUGGAUAUGCCAAAUCAGAAAUAGGAGUCCACAGGCUGGUGCGCAUAUCACCUUUUGACAGUAAUAAGCGCCGACAUACUUCAUUUGCUGCUGUAGCAGUCAUUCCAAACCUUGGUGAUCAAUCUUCCAGUGUGCAGAUUAACGAAUCUGAUCUUCGAAUUGAACGAUUUCGCGCUAGUGGUGCCGGUGGACAGCAUGUUAAUACUACUGAAAGUGCUGUAAAAAUAACUCAUAUUCCUACAGGAGUUACUGCAACUUGUCAGAAUGAAAGAUCGCAACAUCAGAAUAAGGCUUCGGCAAUGGCGGUGCUUCAGUCAAGACUAAACCAGCUGGAGAUGGCACGCCAAGCGCAGUUGAAUUCACAGCAUACACAAUCUCUCACUGACAUAACCUGGGGUAGUCAGAUACGUAGUUAUGUGCUUCAUCCUUACCGUAUGGUGAAAGAUCUCAGAACUAACUAUGAGGUUUCAGAUGCUGACUCUGUCCUUGAGGGAGAUCUAGACGGUUUCAUCAUGAGUUAUCUAUCAGCUUCUUUGGAUAAAAAUGAAGAUGAUGCUUAA